ACAGGGUGUCUUGACAUCCAUAAUGUCCUCAAAUAUACUGAUUCCUAAAUCAAAAGAAGCUAAUUCUAACAAUCACAACUUCACAAGAAGGAAACAAAAAAAAUCCAAUUCCUUACUUAGGUUACAAGGCUAUAUCCAUGUUCAUUGAUGCCUUGCUCUUCUUACCAUUCUACUUGCAACUUCCAUCCCGAAUAAAACAUUCCUCCUCUACAGUCUACACUACCCUGUUAUAUAUAUAACAUAUUUGCUCUUUCGAUUUUCUGCGAACACCUUGCACUAACUGAAGAUGGCUUUUGCCUCUGUUUAUCCCUGCAAAAGUACGCCUCACGUAUCUCACUUCACCCUAACUUCUCUCACCUAUGUAGGCUCUCCAACAUGUAGAAGAAACCUACAUAUACCUAAAGCGAUGAAACUUAUCCCCGAGUCUAUACACCAGACAUGGAAUCUGAGAAAAAGUAUCAGCCACCAGAGGAAGCUCGAGAUAAAUCCCCCGUUAGCAGCAAUGGACUCAGACACCAGCUACCAGAUUCACUCUUUGGCAGAUGUUGUCAACAAAUUUUACAAAUGUAUCAACGACAACGACAGGAAGGCGCUAGAGGAUCUCAUCUCAAGCGACUGUCGUCUUGAGGAUUCAGCUUUCCCCUAUAUAAUCCACAAGAAGAAGGAAGUCAUAAGCUUGUUAGUUCAACUUGCUGAUUCUAUGGGUGAAAAUGUCCAGUUCAAACUAGGAACUGUUUGUCAAGGAGAAGAACUCAUAGCUUCUGUGAAUUGGCAUUUGGAGUGGAAGGAAGACCAAAUCCCUUUCUCUAAAGGGUGCAGUACUUUUCAGUGCUCAAAUGAAGGUGAUAGACUUGUAAUAAGGAAAAUCCAGAACAUAACAGAGUCACCGGUAAAACCCGGUGUAUUAACCAUGGCUUUGCUUAAGAUGGUGAGAUCACUGUUCGACGAAUUCCCUAAGCCUGCAAAAUGGUUCCUAAAGAGUCCACAUAUCAUUCUUCAGGCAGUGCUUAACAUAUACGGCCUAUUCUUAAGCCCCAUUGUAAACCCAAUUCUAACAGUGUACAUCACUCUAUGUAAAAUUAUGGCUCGAACACUUGGCUCCGUGAUGAGUUUUCUGCACCUCAUUUCAAGAUUUUUCAAUAAUAACUCAACAUCAACCGACAUUGAUACAAAGUCAUCAUCAACUAACAUCGAUAAAACUUCACCACCAACUGACACUGAUAAUGAUGAUACCUCAGUCAUGGAAACUGAGGAAGAACCUAACACUCUGCCAGAACAAACUUAGGCAUUUCUAUUGCUGUCCUGUUUCGACCACGAGUCCAACAUAGUCAGGGCAAGAAGCGGCCCAAGGAUGGGAGGUAGCUGUGGCGGCCUGCUGAAGGCCACAAUUUGGUCAGUGGCCUUCUCAUCUGCAACUGUUCUCUUUGCCUUACCACUCUCUUCAUUUCCAUUCUUUUUUGGCUCCAAUGAAGGACCAAUUCCACCUGUUGUAGAUACCAACAUUUUGUUCAGUGAUUAUUUACAAUUAUUGUAACACUACAACGAAGUAUAUAGUUCAGUUAUAUUACCCCAUG